GAUUAUAGAGAGCUGUUAGGUGUGAGAAGACUGCAUAGUUACUACCAUCUGUCUAUGGCUGAUCCCUGACAUCUUGGUUAUAGCAGAAUUGUGAGGCACACUGGAGAAAAAAAGUUCAAGUUUUCACAAAAAUCUUUUUAUUUAGGGUCACCCCACCAGAUUAAAAUACAGAACUCUUUCAAAACAUCUUAGUUCACCCAAAAUAGAGGAGUUUUUACCAAAGAGCUACAAAGGUAGAAACGACAAUGAUCUGAACAUCAAAUUCAUGAUACAUGAGCAUAUGAAGCUGGAACGUGUGGUUUCUUUCAAAAAGGAUGUAACAUGGUGAUUUAUAGCACCGGGGUAGAAGAGGUAACCAGUUUCCAAAUGUGGACGACAGCUAGUGAGGUAUUCUGUUGGGACUUGGCGCUACACCAUUCCAGAAAUGUGCUAGUGCUGGUACAAGAAAUGUGUGGGUUUUAGGAACACUUUGGGACAGAAAAUACUCUGCAGCUCUUCUCACUGUGGUGCCUAUCACAAAUGCAGGUCUUACAGAGUGUGUUUGUCGAACAGGUAUUCUCCCAUGGCACCGUGGCUCUCAGAGGAGGUGAGACGGGUCAGACUGCUCCUGUAGUCACCCAGCUUCUUGAUGGCGUCAUGGCUGUCAGUGAGGAAGUGCUGCUCAAGGAAGUCACACAACUAAAGAAGAAGAAAGACUGUGUGAUGCAGGUUCUCUCAGAAAUGACAACAGAAAACGGACCUUCAGUGACGGCCAAUACAGACGCAACCACAAUGAUGGCUAUACCUAUGUCAACUGCUGUGAGACCUCCUGAUAAUGUACAGAACUGGAAUAAAUCAGAGUAUAAUGAGACCAGUAUUACUCUGGGAUGGGAGAAAGUGAAUAACAUCACAACAUACAGGAUACAGUACGAGAACGGGGGAAGUAUCAUCAGACAGGGCAUCAAUGCAUCUGAUGCAGAGAACUCAGUUCAGUAUGUGGUCUCAAAUCUCACUGCCGGCACCAAAUAUCAAUUCACCAUCUUUACUAUGUUUCAUGGUGUCAGCAGCACUGGAAACACCUUUACAGCUGCCACAGCUCCCCAAGAUGCAGGAGGCUUCAAAGCGGUUGCUCAAAAUGUGAGCAGUAUCACUCUGCAAUGGCAAAAAGUAAAGAACAUGCUCAACUAUAGCCUUGAAUAUAAUGAAAAAAAGAUAAACGUCAGUGCAUCAGAGGGAGAUGGACCAGUUAAUCACACAGCGACAGACCUUAUGACGACCACUAAAUAUGAGUUCACCCUCUUCACUUUGUUUGAGGAUGCCAGCAGCAGUGGAGUGAAAGUCACUGCGGUCACUGCUCCCCAAGAUGCAGGAGGCUUCAAAGCGGUUGCUCAAAAUGUGAGCAGUAUCACUCUGCAAUGGCAAAAAGUAAAGAACAUGCUCAACUAUAGACUUGAAUAUAAUGAAAAAAAGAUAAACGUCAGUGCAUCAGAGGGAGAUGGACCAGUUAAUCACACAGUGACAGACCUUAUGACGACCACUAAAUAUGAGUUCACCCUCUUCACUUUGUUUGAGGAUGCCAGCAGCAGUGGAGUGAAAAUCAUUGCAGUCACUGCUCCUGAUAAUGUACAGAACUGGAAUAAAUCAGAGUACAAUGAGACCAGUAUUACUCUGGGAUGGGAGAAAGUGAAUAACAUCACAACAUACAGGAUACAGUACGAGAACACGGGAAGUAUCAUCAGACAGGACAUCAAUGCAUCUGAUGCAGAGAACUCAGUUCAGUAUGUGGUCUCAGAUCUCUCCGCCGGCACCAAAUAUCAAUUCACCAUCUUUAGUGUGUUUCAUGGUGUCAGCAGCACUGGAAACACCUUUACAGCUGCCACAGCUCCCCCAGAUGCAGGAGGCUUCAAAGCGGUUGCUCAAAAUGUGAGCAGUAUCACUCUGCAAUGGCAAAACGUAAAGAACAUGCUCAACUAUAGACUUGAAUAUAAUGAAAAAAAGAUAAACAUCAGUGCAUCAGAGGGAGAUGGACCAGUUAAUCACACAGUGACAGACCUUAUAAAUGCCAAUAAAUAUGAGUUCACCCUCUUCACUUUGUUUGAGGAUGCCAGCAGCAGUGGAGUGAAAGUCACCGCAGUCACUGCUCCCCAAGAUGCAGGAGGCUUCAAAGCGGUUGCUCAAAAUGUGAGCAGUAUCACUCUGCAAUGGCAAAAAGUAAAGAACAUGCUCAACUAUAGCCUUGAAUAUAAUGAAAAAAAGAUAAACGUCAGUGCAUCAGAGGGAGAUGGACCAGUUAAUCACACAGUGACAGACCUUAUAAAUGCCACUAAAUAUGAGUUCACCCUCUUCGCUUUGUUUGAGGAUGCCAGCAGCAGUGGAGUGAAAGUCACCGCAGUCACUGCUCCCCAAGAUGCAGGAGGCUUCAAAGCGGUUGCUCAAAAUGUGAGCAGUAUCACUCUGCAAUGGCAAAACGUAAAGAACAUGCUCAACUAUAGACUUGAAUAUAAUGAAAAAAAGAUAAACGUCAGUGCAUCAGAGGGAGAUGGACCAGUUAAUCACACAGUGACAGACCUUAUGACAACCACUAAAUAUGAGUUCACCCUCUUCACUUUGUUUGAGGAUGCCAGAAGCAGUGGAGUGAAAGUCACCGCAGUCACUGCUCCCCAAGAUGCAGAAGACUUCAAAGUGGUUGCUCAAAAUGUGAGCAGUAUCACUCUUCAGUGGAAACAAGUAAAGAACAUGCUCAACUAUAGACUUGAAUAUAAUGAAAAAAAGAUAAACGUCAGUGCAUCAGAGGGAGAUGGACCGGUUAAGCACACAGUGACAGACCUUAUGACAACCACUAAAUAUGAGUUCACCCUCUUCACUUUGUUUGAGGAUGCCAGAAGCAGUGGAGUGAAAAUCAGUGCAGUCACUGCUCCCUCAAAAGUAUCUGGGGUCUCUGUAAAGCGCUUUGUGACCAGCCUGAUCCUGACGUGGAAUAAUAUGCAUCGAGUCUCCAGUUACCUGAUACAGAUUAAUGGCGAAAAUCAAACCAUCCACCAAAAUUCAUCCUUGGAUGAAGUGCAAUAUCCCCUCUACUCUCUCACACCUGGAGCUGAAUAUCCCUUCACCCUGUUCACGGUGUUUGAUGGAGUCAGGAGCGAUGCCUUCAAUGGCUUCACACUAACAGCCCUAAACUGCACUGCCUUACCUUGGCGUGUUACCAGCACCUCAAUCCAAGGUUCGGUCGAUGGCUUGUUCAAUCAUGCCAGAGCCACAAAUGGAUCUAAUUCACAAGUGGGUCAAAUCAGUGAUAAAGGUAAAAACAUCUCCUUCACCAGCUUGUACCCAGGCUCUACCUACAACGUGUCUCUCUCCUACAAAAUGAAUUCAACGCAAUUUCUGCAGUGUCAACACAGUCUGACCAUAAUUCCUCCAGAUAUAAAAGCAUACUGCGAAUACUGGGAGUCCGGCUACUCCAUUUCAAUUGAUUGGGAAAAGCCUGACGGCAUAUGGACAGCUGUGGAGGUGAAUGUCAGUGGGAAAACCUAUAUGGUCUCUGGGAACAAGCUGACUACCAACAUAUCGGGGUUUAUACCUGCCACGACGUACCAGGUGUCUGUAGCUACGCUCUCUGGGACCCUGAGGAGCAAACCAUACAUUUUCAGCUGUCAGACAGACCCAAGAGGGGUCAUUGCAGGAUCUGUUAUAGCUGUGUUGCUCCUCGUCCUCCUGCUGUUUCUGGCAGUCUUCGUUUGGCACAGUAAACCAUACUUGCUCAGCAGGAAGAAGUCGUUUAUGGGCAAGGCCAAACUAUCCAGUAAAACUUACAAAGCCAUCUCUGCCAAGGAUUUUCCAGCCCACUUCAAGAAAUUGAGUUUGAAUCAGAACAAAGAUUUCAGUGAGGAAUAUGAGAGUUUCUUUGCAGUUGGCACAGAGCAGACUCAAGAAGCCGCUACCAACCCAGAAAAUAAGUCCAAGAACCGCUUCAACAAUGUCCUUCCGUAUGACUGGUCCCGUGUGAAGCUCAGUAUCAUCAAGAAUGACAAGAACUCGCACUACAUCAAUGCCAACUACAUGCCAGGUUACAGAGUUAGCAAGCAGUACAUCGCAGCCCAGGGUCCUCUGCCCUCCACCAUCGAUGACUUCUGGAGAAUGAUCUGGGAACAGGGGGCAAAGGGCAUUGUCAUGGUAACCAACUGCACCGAGGGUGGACGGACAAAGUGUGAGCGAUAUUGGCCUCUGGACUACACUCCUUGUGUGUAUGGAGACCUGUUGGUCACCAUCACAUUGGAGCAGAAGGAGCCCAACUGGACACUGAGGGAGUUUGGUGUCAAAAAUAGACUAACAUCUGAGGAACGGAUGGUGAAACACUUCCACUUUACAGCCUGGCCGGACCACGGCGUCCCAGACAGCACAGAGACUCUCAUCAAGUUCAGAGGACUGAUCAGGCAACACAUUGAGUGGGAGAGUGCUGACAAACCCACAGUGGUCCAUUGCAGCGCUGGUGUGGGGAGAACAGGAACCAUCAUUGCACUGGACGUUCUGUUGCAGCAGCUGGAGAAAGAGAGGGCGGUGGGCAUCGCUGCCUUUGUGCACAAGAUGAGAAAAAACCGGCCACUCAUGGUGCAGACAGAGUCCCAGUACAUCUUCCUGCACCAGUGCAUCCUGUGCUCCCUGCAGCCCAAACCUGUGGCGGAAGAGCCCAUAUACGAGAACACAGACAUGAUAUACGCCAACGCCACCGCUCUGAUGGAGCUUCACUCAAACACACAGGUUUCAACGUAAACCAGCAGACUG